UAGAGCUUUUUGUAUAUUUCUUCUGAAACAUAAUGCUAAUUGUAGGCCAAUCAUGUAUCAGUGGGGGUACGUUUGAAAGUGUUGAUUCCCGUCAUUGCUAGGARGAAAAAACUUAUUUUCGACUAAUUUUCAUGGCAGUUUACAAAAACUUAGCACCUCUAGUCAGUAAAUUGGAAUAUUUAGUCAUUUUAUAUGCUUCCCGCACUCUUCCGAUUCAUCAACAGAAAYUAAACUGUAGGUUUGUCGGCCAAAACACGUCUCAGUACCACAAAGUAAACAGGCUCGACUGGAAAGAUCUUUCAUGCGCUAACUGGUGGUAACUGUGACAAGGCGAGCUUUUUAGGCCUCAAGAUGUUUCUGAAAACGUUUAUCGUCGGUUUUGUGGUCAUCAGCUUGUUGAAAACAGAAUUAUGCCAAGGAUCUUCAGCCUUUCUGUUAUACACAAGAGAAGCCUGGCAUUCAGAAAUAAUCUAUAAAGCAAACAUCGACAGCCGUGGUUUAUUAUCUGGUCAGCCAAAAUCAAUAAUCUCAAGAUAUAAUGACAUUUUCGAAGCUGUUACCUACGACCCCAUAAGUGAACGCAUGUAUUGGGUAGAAAGUCCUUCCAUUUUUGGAAGUAAUUACGAGAUCCACAGCUCAUUCCUGAACGGAAGCGACGAAAGAACGGUCAUAACCAACUUGAGAACGGUAGUUGACUUGUCAGUGGACACAGCUGGAAGAAAUUUGUACUGGGCGGACAAAACACGAGGUCGAAUUGAAGUUUCCCGCUUAGAUGGGAGUUUUCGGAAGGUUUUGCUUUAUGUUGCUGCACCGACGUCAAUGGUCCUUGAUUUGAAAACUCGGGUGAUGUUCUGGUCUACAUACAAAAACUAUGUAAUGAAGAUUGAAAAAGCUUCCAUGGAUGGCUCGAACAGAUCUGUAUUCUUCUCCAACUCAUUGCGAAAUAAGCCAACAGGAAUCUCUAUUGAUGUCAAACAACAGAUUUUGUAUUGGGUCGAGCGAAGAGUUCAGAAAAUCCACUAUUUGGACCUCACAAGCUCGAAUAGCCCWGUACGAAGCAUCGCUACAACUARUGGGAAUAAGCCWUUCAGAGUUGCUAAUAUAGGCCAAAGAAUUUACUGGACAGAUCGUGGUAAUAAUUGGGGUCGUGGAAAGAUUGGGAGUUUGAAUACYACUAGCGGAAGYGACAUCAGAAUAAUGUUGAAUAUCAAUACGCCCAGGGAUAUCUACGCUUAUGACCCAAAUCAACCGUACUACAGUAAAACCAAAUGCGGAGUGAAUAAAGGUGGUUGUGAACAUCUUUGUCUGCAAAGCCCUCAAAAAGAUAUGUGUGUUUGCACUCAUGGAAUGAUCCUGAAUGAUGACGGGAAAACAUGUCACUUUAGAGAGUUUUUACUGGCUGCCGACGACCAUUACAAAAAAAUCUUUUACAAAUCUCUUGAUGAUCUUUCCCAUCCAAGGAAAGCCCUUCCUCUUGGACAAACAGGAUACAUCAAUACAGUGGACUAUGAUCCUUUAGAYRAAAAAGUGUAUUGGACRGACAACAAAGGGASAACUUCACGCGCUUAUCUCAACGGUAGCUCCAUAGAAAGGCUCAUUGAUAGCUCUAAAAUGAARCCGAGUGGUCAUGCCAUCGAUGYCAUUGGACGGAAUCUCUAUUGGUAUGAURRSACUAAUCUUAAUAUUGGUGUCAGUAAGCUUGAUGGSAGUUAUACCAAAGCGUUGGUUAAACUUACUAUAAAACCUGUUGCACUGGCUCUUGAUAGUAAGCAUGGAUAUAUCUACUGGGCGCAUUUCCUCGGCAGUCGCAAAAUAACAAUUAAAAGAUCCCAAAUGAAUGGCACCAACCAAGAAGAUGUCAUUGGUACAUGGAGGUCAUCGACACAUGUCAACCAUGUUUGGCUAGCGUUUGAUUCUGAGACCAAUAGACUUUAUUUUCAUGAUGAAUAUGAUAUAUUAUACACGGAUACAAAACCACUUAGUGGUGUGGCUCAUGCUCUCAUCCUUCCAUCUUGGAUAUUUCCAGUCAGUGGGUUGGCUGUGAAGGAGAACUUUCUCUAUUGGGGAGACUUGCUCCAUGAGAAAGUGUAUCGCGUCAAUAAAACAUCACUUAAGAAUAUCAAGUCUGUUGCGAGCGUUAUAGACCCAAUAGAYCUACAUGUGUAUCACAAUUACACUGAUACGCCAGAUGAUUUUCACCCUUGUGCWCAAUACAAUGGAUGGUGUACYCAUCUAUGCUUACUAAAUCCCGAUGGAUAUAGCUGCGUCUGCCCUACAAAUACUGGCUCGCGAAUAUGCUACACAACACCUGUGGUUCCGUCUGUAUCUCGAUCGCGUACMCAUCCUUCGUCGACAUCAACGAUCGUGGCACCACGAUCGUCUUCAGUAACUUCCUCGCCUGCUGUUCAUUUGACUUCUACGUUUCAAGUCGUGUCGCCGUCUUCAAGUACACCUCCAUCGAUACCUCCUGUAAUUUCCUCAGUAUUUGUUGUAGUUGCGUCCUCAUCAAUGCUUCUUUCUUCAUCAGUUCAUACAGCAUCUUCUACUUUUCUCCUUCCUUCCUCUUCUCCACAUCCUUCGUCAUUAAGAGUCUCUAAUCCAUCAACAUCUUCUUUUAUGGAAAUUUCCAGUUCAACCCCAGUGCAGACGUCUUCAGUUCAAGCUAUUGUGUCAUCUUCAUCUCAUCUAUCCUUGCCAGCGCAUAAAACAUACUCUACUCAAGCCUUUCCUUUCUCCUCACCUCAUCCGUCUUCUUUAAGACACACAAUUUCAUCAAUGUCCUCCUCUCUGGURAUUUCCAGUUCAACGCCAUAUCAAAAGUCUUCAUGCAUUCAACUCUUUUCUUCGUCUUCUGAAAUUGCCAGUUCCACCCUUCUACAGCUUUCUUCAUUUGUGUCUUCUUCUCCAUACAUUUCCACGRCAGCUCAGAUCAUGUCUUCUAUUCAACUCCGUCUUUCAUCUUCACCAGUUUUCAGUUCAAUCCAUCAUCAAAUGUCCUCAUUUUCAAAUGUUAUUUCGUCGUCCUCAAAUCUUAUUUCAUCAUCUCAACAACCACACUCCUCACUACAAAUCCACUCUUUAUCAUCCCCACACCAUUCCUCUUGUCAUUACCAUACGUCUUCGAGUGAAGUUCUUUCACUUUCUUCAUUGCAUUCUUCUUCAUCACUUGCACUGCUUCCAUUAACAUCUUUUUCAUCUACUCGAGCAACUCCUUUGUAUUCUUCCUCACCUKUGUUUUUUCCUCAGGUUUCUUCUACAACACCUUUGGUUUUGUCUUCGUCGGUGUUUAUGUCUACAUCAYCACCAUUACUUUCAACGACUGCACAGUUCUCACGCACUUAUCGUAAGUCAUCUACCAUGGUCUCUCCAACACCUUCACUUAUCUUCACUUCUCAAUUAUUUCAACCACCAUCAUCGUCAUUGUCAAUGACAACUACAACAUCGCCAUUACAAACAACCACUACAAAAACAUCGUCAUUAUUAGCAGCAACAACAACAAGAACAUCAACACUAUCAUCAUCAACAGUAACUACUACAAAAGCAUCAUCAUCAUUACUAAUGGUGACAACAGAAGCGACUUCAUCACCUUCACCAAUGCCGACGUCUAGAUUGACAUCRUCAUCAACAACAAGUAUCAGGCCAUCAUCAUCAUCUUUACUUGCAGCAACAUCGACAGCUUCAUCAUCACCUUCAGCUGUUUCAAAGAUAAGAAAAUCAUCAGCAACYACUACAACACCUCCACCAUUAUUCUCGACAACGUUGAUAUCAUCAUCAAAAAUGACGACGACGUCAUYAUCAAGGUCAUCCUCAUCAACGACACAACGUCCGGAAGAGACCCCGUCUUCUGUCAAAUUAACUGUUCGUCCAACGACAACAAUUCCUACAACUAYAUCUACUCCACCAUCACCUACAACUAAACCGACAUGCGCCCCUAUGUACUUCGGUGUCGACUGUCAAAUCUUCAUCGGAGAAAACAAAAUAACAUUGACACUCAGAAAGAACGGCAAAAGAUUAUCUGAGAAAUCAUUCAAGUUUAGCGUCUCAGAAGGAAUAACCAAAUAYUGUGAAAAAGAUUCAUGUAUUGAAUUAUUAAGAUCCUCUCAGAAGACCAAGAGAGAUACAGAAAACAAGGCGAAGUUCACCUCAKCUGAUAUCCUCGUUCUCAGCAGCCCAAUUGUAUUCCUAACAGAAAGUGAAGUCCUCACAAUUGAAUUUGCCMUAAUGAACCCCUUAGCUAAAGGCAAGGUUGUUMCUAGGGCAAGUCUUUGCAAGCUGGUWUCUAAAUCGAAAGAGGUCAUCCAAGAUUUCYUUAAGGGGCCGCAGAUUGUCAAAUUAAACCCUGAAUGUGAUUUGUAUGCCGUCGUUCCGACUGCAGGAGAGCAAAAAGGUGGUGGCRRCAGCAGCGGYACAACAACUUCUGUUACAAUAAGUUUGUCUGUGCUAUUUGUUAUUCUGUUAGUACUGGCAAUAAUAUACUUUGCUGUGCGUUAUAUGAGGAAUAAAGAAUUUCUCGCCAAGAAGCAGAAAACCGGAACCCGUAGUGAAUUCUCGUUUCAAAACAAUGGGUAUCUCCAGGACGACACUGCAUUUGAAAGCAYGGAACCGACGUUCAYCACUCCYGCACACGACAACAAUCGAAAURUAACCAAUAAAGUGACUGAAAAACCGAGUAUUGGUAGGCAAACUGCAUGGGAUGAUUUGCCAAACGGCAUUUCAAYGGGUAGCUUACCACAUCAAUUUGAYCAUUUGGAAGUACAUGAUUAUGAGCAACUUGAYGUAACGCCUGCGUUCCCGCCAUCACAAGAAGUGCAGGGAAGGCCAUUUAGAUACGCUCGUCUCGACCCCGAUACCAGUCUCAAUCAUGACUAUGAAGCUCUCUCGCCGAGAAGGGAUGAAUCAAGAGGUGGYAUGGRCACUAGAAGAGAAAAUGAUUAUGCUGAGGUCGGUGUGACKAGUGUUGGGAACCCUUUGUACGCGUCUGGAAACGGRUUAAURRAUCGUGAAACAAUCAGUACUGAAAAUCCCCUUUAUGGUACAGGCAUGRCAGACAAGUCGSCAGAUUAUAUCUACGAUAAUCAUGAUAUCAAAGGCAGAGGAAAUCCUCUACACGUGAAUGUCUCCCCUCUCAGAUUGAAAGAUGUCAGUCUCUACGAAAAUAAYGAGGUCACAAGUGRAGACGAUMCUUUACACGUGGAUACCACGCCCCGUAGAUUGCGAGAUGUCAGUCUCUUCGAAAAUAGAGAGAUCACAAACACAGAUGAUACAUACGUGGAUAUCUUGCCRCGCAGAUCGACUGGUAAUGCCUAUGAAAACAGWGAUMUUGGUACUCCAUCUGAUUCUAAAGAUUUUCAUGUGUAUGAUCACUUAGAAGGAUUYAACCGGCAACCGAGUGAUCACAGAGAUGCAGCUGAUUAUGACCACCUUCAAAGAGAUCAUAGAAAAAGAGCAAGAGAUCAUCAGGGAAGAAAUCAACCUGCAAAUGAGAAUCAUGUCCUGCACAUUGAUGGGCCAGAUGACAAAGAAGAGACGAUCAUUUAGAUUGGACCUGAUUCGGGUAUAUCGRGUUAUCAAGAUGCAUGCUUGUCAUCAGUUGUAUAUAAAACUAUUACAAACCUCACUCGCARUGGACUGUGAAUAUGACUAAACUUUGUAUCUAUUUCCCUUUUUUUAUUUUCAUAAUUAUUUUAUUGCGURUGACAAACGUGAGUGACAAUUUCACUUUUUUCAGUCUUGCUAUAGAGUUUUUAAAAAGGUUUUUUAUGUGGCCUCAUUCUAAAUGAGUGCCAGUUUGUGCAGGUGGACUUGAUCCGGAGGAGUAUGCAGUUUAUCCCGGCUUAUCCACACAAUUWGACCUCUGUUGCAAAUGUCUUACAAAUCUUAUGUUGCUGUGGAAGAUUUUGGGUGAACUAUAUAGACAUCUGUAUAGUGGAGGUUAGAUACAGUACACUAAUACUGGAAAAAAUCUCGUGGUCCUAACCCUGUCGUAAAGUUCCUGGAAAUACUGUGUAAAUCAAUUUACAAAGUGUUUACAAAAGUKUGUAAAUUUACUGUAAAUGUCCAAAACCCUCUUUAAAUAUCCUCAAAUUUCUUAUUUGCUCGAUAUUUUGCAUUGUAAAAACCCUGAAAAUGUCAUGGAAAUAUCCAAAUAAGUGUCCAAAACUCUGUAAAUAUCCUGUAAAUUCGUAUACACGAUGUUUAUAUACUUUGUAAAACCCUGUAAACGUCAUGGAAAUAUCUUGUAAUUGUCCAAAACUCUGUAGCACAUUUACAGGAUUCAGAGCGUGGAUUUGUUCCCAGUGAUAACGCUGUAGUGAAAAAAAAAACAAGAUAUAAAACAAUUAAUUCCAAUUCA